CGCCCCCCGGCGGCGGCGGCGCUCCUUCCACGCGAGGGCCUGACUCCACCACUACCCAUGGAGCCGCAGGCGGAGGAGCGGACGCUCGGGGAGCCUGCGCCUCCGCCCUCUGGCGCCUCGGGGUCACCGACGCCGGACGAAGAGGAGCGGGCUGAGGGCGGCGCACCGCCGGCAGCGACUCCCGCGGGCGCAUCGGGGGAUAGCGCGAGUGCAGACGGGCUCUGGGGGCUGCCGGUGGAGCACGCGGAGCGCAGGCCCGAGUGCGGCCGCUGCAGCCGGCCCCAGAAAGUGUGCUUGUGUCCAUAUCUCCCAGCGUACCCACUCCAGAUCUCUACCCAUUUGUACAUAAUCCAGCAUCCAGCAGAGGAAAGCAAAGUGCUGCGCACAGUCCCUCUGCUAGCAGCGUGCCUUCCCCCAGACAGAUGCACAGUCAAGAUUGGCCGCCGCUUCAGUGAAGAGCGAGAUGUUGAACUUUCAACUGUUUGCCGGGACUCUGGUACAUUAAUAUUAUAUCCAGGGGCUGAAGCUACUAAUUUGGAAGAAUUUAUAUUAGAUUCUCCUGUUUAUCCUUCUACAAUCAUCCUCAUUGAUGGUACAUGGAGCCAGGCUAAGGACAUUUUCUAUAAGAAUUCCUUGUUUCGACUUCCCAAACAGGUGCAGUUAAAAACUAGCGUUUGUAGUCAGUAUGUAAUUCGGAUGCAACCAACAAACAGGUGCCUUUCUACCCUGGAGUGUGCUGCUGUUGCUCUUUCCAUCCUGGAGAAAAAUGAUUGCAUACAAGAGACUCUGCUUCGCCCUCUUCAAGCUCUGUGUUCUUUCCAGCUUCAGCACGGUGCUCAGAUUCGCCUCAGCAAGGAAUAUCUUCUGAAAAAUGGAUUGUAUCCCAAGCCAAUGCCAAAGAACAAACGCAAACUCAGGAAGAUGGAGCUAUUAAUGAACAGUGUUAAAAUUUAGCACGUCUCUCCCUGUGGUGCUAGUUUACCUGUUACUGGCUGACAAGACUGUGUUACAUCUUCCUCAGUUUAGGCUUUCGUUCUGAAGAAGGAAUGUUGGCCCAUUCUUGUGCUGAAGGACGAGGUCUGCUCCACAGCGUCUUAUGGUUCACUUCCAUUGACUUUGAAAAGCAGUUUCACGCUGCCUCUCAUUUUUGUUGUUUCUGUUUUUGUUUUGUUUUUUUCAAGAUAAGGUUUCUCUGUGUAGCCUGUAGACCAGGCUGGCCUUGAACUCAGAGAUCUGGCUGCUUCUGCCUCCCAAGUUCUGGGCUGAAAUGCAUGCCCCACCUCUAUCUAGCUUGUGUAUUUACUUUUAAACAAGUGCUUCCAAUACUUUUUUUUUUUUUUUUAAGAAUCUAUUCAAAAUAUAAUUAGUUGAGAGUAAGGAGCUGUUGUUUGUAAAAUGAGGAGAAUUGUGUCUGGGAACAUGUUCCCGGCAGUGUUUAUAGAUAUAUAGGUGUAGAUCACUGGUGGAAUAUACCCCGUGAAACUAACAUUUCAGCCUAGUGAAUGAAAUUAUAAGUGUGAAGUAAGUGACACAGAGGGCUGUUUAUUUCAUUAAGUAGUACAAAAGGAACAGGGGAACGUUACUGUUUACAGUUGUACUCGGACUCAGCUAAUGCGACUUACAUCUUCUAUUACCAUCUGAAUUCCUGUGGAGUCCAUUUAAUUUUGAAAUAACCUCAAAUGGGAGAUGCUGUGCAUAACUUUCAGUUUUUCAGUGUUCACUGAACAAGCUAACUGGUGGUAAGAGGUUUUUGAUGAAGUUUCUACAUGGAAAUGACUGAAGUAAAUUAUAAUAAAGCUAUCAUUUAAAAAACGUAUUUCUAUAAGUAGCUCUACUUACAUUUUUUUUAAAAAAGAGAAACAACUUUCAAUGUGGAAGAUAUAUUUCCUCACCUUAUUUGGAGAAUAUUUACUCAUAUUUUGUAUAGAAUAAGAGCAAUUUAUACAUUCUAUAUUUAUAGCCAAUUUAUAGUUAAACAUACACUUUGGCAAGAUCAAGAUAUUUCAUUUUGACUGUUGUUCACAAUUGCUAAGGUUUCCUGAAUCCAAGGUAACAGUGGAAGGGAGAGUCAAGCAUUCAUUUUAGUAGUGAUUUUGAAAAAUACCUCUGUGUGUGGCAUGAACACACACCAGUUUCUGACUAUUUUUAUGCUCAUUUGUCUGUUAUUGGCCAAGAUCAGAUACUCAUUAAGAGCUUAGCUGGUCCCAAUUAGAAUGCUAACAGAUAUGUAGCAUGUUAUGGAAAGAUAUUAAAAUUUAGGUUUGUCUUAAGUUGCUGACUUAUAUUUGCAUUUAAAAAUAAGUUGGUCUUUUAUAACCUAAAUGUCUAGUAUCAAUUGAUUAUUUAUUGAAAAAGUAGCAUAAUGUCUAAUGGUUUCUUAAGGAAUGAGUUAAAAAUCAUCUCAUAAUAAUUUUUUAUGUUGGAAAUAAACUUUAUAAAUCCUUUGAGUGUUAUGAUUGCUCUUUAAGAACAGUCUGACAAAUGAUACUAUUUAUAUUUCCAAACAUCAAUUUGUGUUUACCAUUUAGAAUAACUUUUAUGUUUUAAACAUACUGAAUACUUAAAUGCUUAAAGUUUAUUACUUUGGCUAUAUAUUUUUUCUUUUUUUUCUUUUUUUAAAGAAAAUGUAUCUAGAUAGAAGAAAGAUGGCAGAUUUGAGAUACUUGGCACUUUGCUGCAUAUGUGAAUCCAAACAGCAUCAGGUACAUGGCUACAGGGAGUGGGGAGUGACAUGUAAAGUCAGGAGUUCAGCAGCAGACAGAUUAGGCAAAUCCAGAAAAACAGAAGUUUAGAUUUGUUGAAGAAAUUGGACCCUAAGGUGGUAUGUAUUGAAGC